CUCUCUCAGUUACAACAUGCUGUCGGGAUCUGUGCCCUCCUCAAUCACAAAGCUGACUGCCCUUACUUUCUUGUACGAAGAACCAGACCAGCAGGUGGGGUUUUACCACGGGCAGCACCACGGAGAACGUCCCAUCAAGAUGAGGCCCUAGCAUCAUGUUCUCUUGCAAGCAACCAGCUCACCAGCUCCAUCCCCGCUGGCAUUGCCUUGCUGACAAAGCUGGUAACCCU